AUGGUUUGUAGGCACAUUCUCGAGAACUUGCCACCGGAGGUUCGGUCCAGAUACCACACCUUCAACACUUUUUUCUACGACAAGUUAAAACAGGAAGCGGAUGUGACCAACUGGACCAAGGAAGUGGACAUCUUCAGCAAAGAUUUCAUCUUCAUUCCUGUGCACAGCGACAUGCCUUGUAGGCACUGGUCGCUUGCCAUCAUCUGCCAUCCAGGCAACGUGGUACAUCCGGUAGCGGACAGGAACAGUGCUGGGGAGCCGCAGCACAAUGGUGGUGGCCGUGCACUUAUUCUGCACCUGGACUCCAGCGCUGCAGUUACCAGCUGGUGGGUGCAGAUUGCUUAUGCAGGAUCGGGGUACAUAGUUCAUGCCGUAUUGGAAACACACACUGUGAUGCAAUGGAGGUUCCGAUAUUGUGACCAGCCAAGGUAG